ACCGGAAGAAUGAGUAAUGCCAUUAAAAAUCGGGUUAAGAAUGGAUGUUCCAGUUUCACCACUGUUCAUUGGAAUAGCAAACAAUUGCCAUCGACAGAGAACAAAUGCGAAAAAAUGGAUCGACUCCCUGUUCUUAAUUCGGGCAUUGAAGGGGAUCAAUUACUUGGAGUUCCAAAACUAGAACGAGGAAGUGGUGAAGAGCAGGCAAAUGCCAUUUUCAAAUGCCCGAAGGAUUGGGAAUAUCUCGACGAUAUAUGUGCCAUGGUAUUUGAUACCACUGCUAGCAACACAGGCAGUACAAAUGGUCCAUGUGUCCUACUGGAGCAGUUAUUAGCGAGGAAUCUAUUGCAUCUUGCUUGUCGACAUCAUGUAUUGGAACUACUGCUGAAAUCUGCUUUUGAAGCUUCUAUGAGGCCAACUUCUGGACCAAAUAUUCUUAUUUUCAAAAGAUUCCAAGGGCAAUGGAAAAACAUUGAGAAAGGAGAAUUUUCACCAGGAGUCCAAGAUGAUGAUGUAAAAACAGCAGUCAGGAAUGAUGCAGCAAACGCCCUGGCAUUUGCUUACUCACGAUUGAAGACUGACAACAUUAGGAAGGACUACAGAGAGUUUCUGGAACUGAUGGUGAUGUUCUUGAAUGGAAAUCUUCCAAAUGGUAAUCGAUUCCGAGCGCUGGGUCCCACUCAUCAUGCUAGAUGGAUGGCGAAGGCAAUUCACUCGUUGAAAACAUUCCUAUUAAGAGAUCAAUUUCAUAUGACAUCUCAGGAAAUAUCAGAUUUUGAACUUCAAACAUGAUUUCCUGAAUGCUGACCCUACGAAAUGGAUAAAUUGUGAAGAUUAUAUUGAGGCUUCAAAAGUUGUGAGAUCACUUCUUGUUACAAAUGAUGUGGCUGAAAGAAGUGUGGCUCUCAUGAGCGAAUACAAUACUUUGCUCACAAAAGAUGAAGAUAAUAACCAGGAUGUGAUGCAAGUGGUGAAAAAAUUACGGGAGUUGACACCUGCUUGCCCACGAGAAAGCUUGAAGUUUUCAUUAGAAAACUAUUUGAACAAAUCAUCGAUUGAAAAUGGGAGUGAUCUUCAAUAAUUCAUCGAAAAAUGGCAAUGCAUCGAACGAUUCCAAUCUCAUUUUCAUUACCAUAUUAAAAUGAGGGCAAAAAUAUUAAAAUCAACUUUUAAGCAUUAGUCACGGACAGAAAUUGUAAAAAUAGUAUAAUGAUAGUUAGA